AUGCGUCACAAGCGCCAGCAGUUGAUCCUCGAGGUGGCCGAAGAGCAUUUCCUGUCUGGGAAGAAGCUGGACAAGCCCCCGUCCUGGUUGAUCGCCGCCAACGAACUCUCCUCCUACACUGAGGCCAUCGCCAAGUCCGAGUUCGCGGAGAUCGUAGUGCGCAAGUGGCAGGGCGCCCAGGUCGCAGUCAAGAAGCUCGUGGUCGCUGUGGACACCAACCCGGUCUUUGAGAAGCAGUUCACCGUGUGGCGGACGCUGCUGCACCCGAACGUGGCUCAGCUCUACGGGGUUGGGACGGAUCGUGGCGCUCCCUUCUUCGUCUACGAGUACGCGAGCAAGCAGAGUCUGGAUCGCUGUUGGGGCCAGUUGACGCCCAAAGAACUGUGGGGGGUUCUACUCCAGGCGUCCUCGGGGCUGCUCUACCUGCACAGUAGGAAGGUCGUCCACGGGAACCUCAGCAGCUCCAAGAUCCUCAUCAACGACCACGGUCACGUCAAGUUGUUCGGCUUCGGCGCGUCCUACGUCCGCGAGGACAACCAGAGCAGCAGCACGUCGCCUGGAAAGAGAGAGGAGUUCGCAGCCCCGGAGUGUAUCGGAAUCGGAGCGGAUGGCAACGCUGAUGACGUCCACAGUCCUGGCUUUGAGAGUGACGUCUACACCUUUGGCUUGACCAUCAUGGAGGCGGUCGGGAGGAAAAGCCCCUUCCAGGGCAUGGAGCUGAGGGAUAUCCGCAAGAUGAAGGAGAGCAACCGGGUGCAGCGACCGGAGGGCAUGAAGAAGGACGCGUGGCGACUCGUGCAGCGAAUGUGCGACCGCAACCCGAAGGAAAGAGUCUCGCUGGCGCUCGUAGCGUACGAACUCGAGAAGUUGGCGCAGUAG